UGUAAAAAUUGAAAGCUAUAUAAAACAAAUGCGAUAUUGCGAAGUGGUGAGGAUCCGAAUCGAAGAAAUAAUUUGUAAAUCACACAUUAUAAAUAUCGAUUAUACAUCAAAUAAAGAAUCUAUUAUUCCAUAAAAGGCUCAUAAAGUUUCGAAAUAGCAGUGGCUAUACAGUUGAUACGGUUCAUACAGUAAUUCAACGUAACACAGGUUUUCGUUGAGUUGCGCGUAGAGGCGUCGCUAAACGGAUUCUAUCCGAAACGCGAGCACGUGUCCACUCUCAGACUUCUCUGGGUGGUGCUUCGGGUAGUGUCACGUAUCUCUGCUGAUACCCGCGGUUCUACGCGAAGCUGGGAUUACCCGGUUUCUCGAAAUUUUCGCGAGCACGUUACUCGACGGAUCCACCACUGGACGCUUCGCUCUCUCGGCUCGGCUGUUGGUUUUUUGUCACGCCCUCGUUUUACCGUCGUAUCUGUUUGAGACUUCCGUGGACCACCGGUUUGUCUUCAACUGUCACUCGGCAGCGAACGGAGGUGUUUUCUCGCGAACAAACAAUGCAAUCCGUAAAAUCAUGAAGUUCUACGAGAAUCCGAAUUGCGUGCCUCUGGAGGAGCUGCAGCUGAAUAUCAGGAAUGACGGGGUGAUCAUCGUGGUAGAUGCACUGAAUGCGAAGUGGACGGACAAGCGUUAUUUCCUGCGUUACGAAGUGCCGGAGAUAUGCAAUGAGGACGGGUCGGAAAUUGUGGGUGCCAAGGACCACUGGCUGGAGGUUGUGAGUUACAUCAUCGAGGAUCUGAACUGGUUACUGGAUCUCCCGUUUUAUCGAUUCUGGUCCAAUAUUGCGUACAACACCUCGAUUAUGGAAACGUUAGUGUCUUUCCUGCAGGAGGCACCGCCUUUCUACGCCUUGGAGAAUUUCCCCGCCGAGCCAAGGAUGCUCGAGGCGCUGGAUAAUCUUCGUCGCAGCGUGCUUGUCAUCUUCGCGCGUCUCUGCACAAACAAGCAGAGCCCGGCGGAGUACAUGAACCGUCCGUUCCUUGGGAACCUAUUAUAUAACAAUUAUAUAUUUACAAUUCCAAUCAUAUUUGAUCUAUGUCAGCUCUACGGUAGGGAAAGUGCCAAAGUUGUAGAGAAAAUUGUAGCUAGCGUAUUUAGUCUGCAGCCGAUGUACAAGGAUGACCUUCAGAAGUCUGUGCCGUGCCUUAUAAAGGCUUUUGAAAAUGUUGAACGACGAUUUGAGGACUGUCCAAGUAAUGCAACUGAGGCAGUGGCGCUUUCAGAAAGAGGUAGCUCCACUGAGAUGACGUUGUAUAACUUAGAGGAUCUGAUACUCUAUAUUCUAGAUGUAUCAUCAACCCUUACUGUAUUAUUAAAAAGCUAUCCUCCAAUAAUUGCCACAUUUCACAUAGACGACUUCAUAAACAAGAUAGUUUCAUUAUAUGGGAAUACAAUACCUGAGAUGUAUAAAAAGUUAGACAAGUUAGCAUAUAGCGAGGAAAAUAUGCCAAAGUACAUUGAAUUGAAGCAUCGUCUCGACGUAACCAGAGUGGAGAUGUUAAAUCUUUAUCGAAUUAUUACCUACGAGCCCAUAUUACAUAUUCAAGAAAAGCUAAACACGAUAACGGAAGGCGAGAUAAGAAAAUACAUAGACGAAUACUUGGAUUUGCUAAUGAAUGCGAUAUCUGAAAAGGAAUUCAUUAUGGAUUAUCAUCAGUUUUACCCAAUUGAUCUCGAUCUCGCGACUAUAACUAAUCUUUGUCCUGAAAUUGAUGCGAUAAAAUGCAAGUAUAUGUUACAAGCGUUGCAGGUAUCGAUUGGAGGUACUAAGACGUUAACUAAUGCAUCCCUCGGUGAUACAAAUAUAGCUGUUGCUGGACCUAGCGGUAUUCAAAGCAGCAAACGAAAAGAACAUUCCAACAAUGUGAAUUGUAUAAACAAUAAGACGGACUCUGGUUUAAAAGACCCUGACAACUUGAUAUUUCUCAUCUCGGAAGUGAAGGAGAUUUUGUGCGACUGUGGUGAAGGUUUCAUACAGAUGUGUUUAAAGCAUUAUGAUUAUAACGUUGAAUCUGUGGUAAAUGCAGUUCUGGAAAAUAAUUUACCGCAUGAUUUGAAAGAAUUAGACUGGACGUUACCGUAUAUACCACCCGAUCCAAUGGAAUCAUCGGCUGCUGUCGAUCUGGCCAGCAAUUUUCAAGAGUUGAGCGUUUCCUGCAACGAUGAAUUCGAAGUUAUGACAGAGUUAUUUGAAGACACGCCAAACGUAAGGAACACGAAAUAUAAGUACAGAAACGCGAACGAAAUGUUGAACGAUAAAUCCGAAAUUAAGGAAUCUAUGAAUAUCUAUGAAAAGUACAGCCUUGUCGUCGAUGAGUACGAUGAUGAGUACGACGACACAUACGACAGCCAUGACAUCCGUGGUAGUGCACCGGAUGAUUCUACAGAAAUGGAGGCCAGGCCUUUCACUGUUCCGAGGGUGCUGCUGCAGACACGUGAUAAAAAUAAUGCUAGCUCGGACGAUGACGCGGAGGUUGAAGACGAGGCACCCGUACAAAGUAAUAACCAUUUCGUGCAAAAUCCAGCGGAAUUGCGUGCUAGAGCCGAAGAACGAAGACAAUCGAGAGAAGGCAAGAGUGCGCACAACGGAAACGGCAAACCCAAAGGUGAGAACAAAGGUGAGAAUAACAGGAGGAAAACUAUGUACAAGGCUUCACACGGCAAUCACAAUCGGCGCAUGGGUGCUCAAGUAAAAAGAAGACAAGGAAUGAUUCCAUCUUAGAGCUCCCAUAUUUUCGCGCAAGAUUGGGAUGUGACAAGGAAUGAUUCCAUUUUAGAGCGGCAUGUUUUCGCGCAAGAUUGGAUGUAUAUACUGCCAAGCAAUAAACAUAUUAUUAGUUAUUUAAUCCUCUCGCAGAAAUAAACGUUCUUAUAAUUUCUAUUUGUCCGUUUGAUUAUCUCAAGCUGAGAACGUGAAUAAAUACAUAUUUCUAUUGAAAAAUUAUUUUAUAAAAAAAAAGAUAUAUAAACAGAAUUUUUUAGAGGAA